CGUUAUGAUGCCUCUUUGAAUAUGUCAUCAUCAAUAUAUGAUAAUCUUAAUAGUGGAUCACCAAUUCUAUGUAAUCCAACAAUUCAAUUAUAUGAAAAUCCAUUAGGAUCUGAUGAAGAAGAUGAUGAUGAUUUUCAAUGUUCAUGCAGUGAAAAUGAUACUGAUGAUCAUGUAAAUUUAAAUAAUUAAUUGAAGAAAUAAAAAAUAAUUCUAAUUAUGAAAAUGAAAAGUAUCUGAAUGAAUUCAACAAAGAAGGAGAUGAUGUAGAAGAAGAAGAAGAAAAACAACAACAACUCAUAUAAGACAACAUGGACACAUUGACUUUCUUUACUCUACUCAUUUGUUUCUGAUAAUUAUGGUAAAUGAUCUCUAUAAUGGCAUUUAGUUUAGGCUUAUUUUUCAUUCUUGUUAAGUCAAUAUGUUUACUUAUUAUUUAUUCAUUUCAUUGAUCAAGUUACUUAUCAAAUUUCCUCUUUUUUCUCAAUAUUUUCAAUAUGUUCCCUUAUCGGUGAUCUUGGUCGUAAAAAG